AUGACUAUUCAAAUUGGUAUUAACGGUUUUGGAAGGAUAGGACGACUUGUUUUCCGCGCUUGUGUAAACAAUCCGAAUGUCCAAGUUGUUGCUUUAAACGAUCCAUUCAUGAAACUUGAAACCAUGUGGCGAGAGUCUUGCAUUAUUUGGCGAGCUAAAAAAAGCUUACCUCGUCAUCUUGCCAACAAUCCUAUUUCAAACCAAAUAUACUUUACAUAUGAUAAUCGUGAAGGAUCUUCAAUGCUUUACUUGUUCAAAUAUGAUACCGUUCAUGGACGUUUCAAAGGUCAAGCUGAGAUAAAGGAUGGAAAAUUGUUUGUAAACAAUUGUGAAAUUUAUGUUUUUGCUGAGAAAAAUCCCAAGGAUAUCCAAUGGGGAAAAGUUGGUGCUGACUAUAUAGUUGAAUCUUCUGGUAUUUUCAAAACCAUGGCAAAAGCAUCGCUUCACUUGCAAGAAACAAGCAACAUAUUAACAAAAUUAAUUCAGGUCAUAAUUAGUGCACCAAGUGACGAUGUGCCAAUGUUUGUUUGCGGUGUAAACUUGGAAACUUAUAAGCCCGAAUACAAGAUUAUUUCCAAUGCUUCUUGUACUACAAAUUGUUUGUCACCGAUCGUCAAGGUUCUCAAUGAUAAUUUUGGUAUCAUCGAAGGUUUGAUGUCGACUGUCCAUCCAACUACAGCAACUCAAAAGACUGUUGAUGGUUCUUCUGAUAAAUUAGAAGAGAGUUGGAGAGGGCCGGAACUCAUGAGGGUGGCAUUAGCAAAAGAUUUGAGAAGGGGCAGAGGAGCUGCGCAAAAUCUUAUUCCUACUUCCACGGGAGCCGCAACAGCUGUUGGCAAAAUAAUUCCGUCGUUGAACUCUAAACUAACUGGUUUAGCCAUCCGAGUUCCCACUUUAAAUGUUGGAAUAGUUGAUUUAACUGUCCGUCUAGAAAAAGAAACUACUUAUGAAGAUAUUAAAAAGGCUAUGAAAUAUGCUUCUGAAAACGAAUUAAAAGGAAUUCUUGGUUAUACUGAGGAUGAUGUUGUUUCUUCGGAUUUUCUUGGUGACACUCAUUCAAGUGUGUUUGAUGCUAAGGCCGGUAUUCAACUGAAUCCAACGUUUGUUAAAGUUAUUGCGUGGUAUGAUAAUGAACUGGCUUAUUCAAUGAGAAUUCUUGAUUUAAUUGAGUAUGUCGAAAAGGUUGACUC